AUGCCCGCGAGCUCUUACUUACAAGUCAUAGGUCGUCGCCGCAAGAUAAAGUGCAACUAUCCAAGCUCGUCCCCUCCAUCCGCCGAUCCACGCUCCCCAACGUCCAAUGCAACUAACCCUGGUGAACCGACCGGUGAACUCACUUCAUCAGGAAGUACGAACACCGACACGAGGUGUAUAGAAUGUCUCAAGCACAACCGUACGUGCGAGGGCCAGGGCGAGGUUGAAUCAACCCCCGGGGGUUCGGACUUAAAUGGAGUUUCGCGGCCCAAGAAACGCAUCUAUAAGCGCCGAAGCGAGGUCGCUGAUGUUAAUCCUCACAAUGACAACCGAGACCGACGGCGCGUGAGGAUUCGCGUGGACAGAAUAGUUUCGGUAGUUGAGAGGCUUGCGCGGGAAAGGCAGUCGCAAUCGCAAUCGCACUCAGCCACGAUCGACUCGCGCCCUCCGAGACAGGAUGAAACACCUGGAUCCCGCGACAGCCAGUCGUUCCCGUCCGCAGACACGCCGAACGAGACCCAUACAUCUGGGCCAGCUUGUUCCCGCGAAUGCUCACAGGAGAACCCAGUGUCCAAGCUGCAGAGGUCAGGCAGAAAUGGGAGCGCACUUCCAGCCAUCGACUUAGUUGAAGAGAAAGAACUGAGCCCACUUCUGUCGCAACUAUUCAACAACGAAGUGCUCACGCAGACUCCCUCUACUUCGUCGAUACUCACGCAAAAGAUCCAAGCACUAAACUUCUCGGAUCAAGACACCUCCAGCGAUGUCGACAAACUCCGCUCCACCAUCUCUUCGGAGCCGAAUCUUGUCAAGAUCCUCGAAAUCUCCGCAUAUUGGUGGGUGGCCUGGCGUGACCAAGCAUUUGCUCUGCACGAGGCCUUCUUUGAGCCAGCAUCGCCGACAAGACUCUCGAAACCAGGAUGGCCAGGGUCAUCAGACACAUCCAGAAGUUCUGGAUUGACUUCACGUACAUGGAGUAGGCCAGUUUCGCUCCAGGAGUUUGUGCAAAUGAAGCUCUCCCAAGCCAGUACUGUCCCCUAUGCCACCGGCCUCCUCUGCAUUGCCAUGUCGUUGCAGCAGCUCCGACCCGGCGUGGAUGAUUUCGACCUCCAUCUGUCUACCUCACCCGCCAACUUAGCCGGACUUAUCAUCAUGGCCAUCGAUACCAUCGUACUCUCUCCUGCCUCGGACCCAACUUGUAAACGUGACCCCAGCAUCUUGCUGCUGCUCAUGAUGCGAGCCAAAAUGUACGCCGAAACGCACCAGCUACGUAAAUCGUGGCUGACUAUUCGCACAGCCGUCGAAACCGCAAAAGAGACCGGCUUUACGGACGUGAGGCACCCAUCUGGCGCAGAUCCAGACACCCCCAGGCCAAGUGAGGAGGAGAUUAAUCUAUUCUACAGUCAGCGCUUUGUUGGCUCGAUCCUCGAACUCGACCAUCUCCUCAGCAUGGUGCUGGGCUUACCGCACGUUGAGGACAAGAGGUUCUCAGACCGACUCGCCCUUGCAGUGCUGAGAGGCCAGGUGUCUGCGUCCGGCCAGGACCCCGGGGCCCCAGCACCCAUCGAUAUCAAGAUGCGCGCACUACGCCGUGUUGCAGCCGUUGCGUCAGGCCAGGUCAAUGAUUGCAACGCAAGGUCUGAGCCGAUAGAGGCCAGGCUCCAAACUACAAUGAGAAUCCAGAGUGCGCUGGACGAGGCUGCGGCCGCGAUGCCACCGGGCUGGUGGGAUGUCAACUCACAUCUACAGUAUUCCGAUCCAUUUGUUGCCUACGAGCAUAUACAUGCACAAAUGUGGUUCUGGCAGGUCCAGUCGUUCCUCCAUAUGCCAAUCAUGCUGACCCCGCCUCCUGUCGCGAUUCUCGACAUUGAGGGCGACAGCGAUCCGACUGUUCCAUAUCUGGAUCCCUACGAACCGAACCGGUAUCUUUGUCUCCAGGGCUGUCGUAAUAUGCUCCGGGUUUUCAGCCUGCUGCGUUCGGAGCCGUCGAUGGCAGUGUUCAUCUGUCCCUGCGAGGACUUUCAAGGCGUGUUCAGCGCUUGCAUUCUGGUGGUCGGCAUCCUUCUGCGUCGGACCUAUUGGCCUCAGUCCCUACCCUCGACUACUGCAACGGCUGAUCCAGAGGAUGACCUCGUACUCCUCAAGGAAAUCGAUGACUUAUUCCGUUACCGAGCACAGCAGCAGGGCGGUAGCAUCAGCGAACAGGGCGCGAAGGUCCUUGAAGCACUAGGCUCAUUCCUUGACGAGAAAUCUGGAGUUCCCACGUCCAGGACGAGAACAAUAAACCUGCCAUAUUUUGGCGCAAUUCAUCUCCAUAUGAAUCCACCGCAGUGGUUGCACCAGAGCACAGAUGCCCCUGAUGAUCAGGAACUGGGUUCGACUCGACCGCCGAUGCCGCUACUGGCCUCGACUGAGGAUUCAAUCGACGGCGCAACCACAACAAGUCUACGGACAUUCUCGCAAAUGUCGGCGCCAGAAUGGGAUGUGGUUGAUGAUGCCACCUUCCAGUUCUCUACGGGCGACACCGAUCUGAAUUGGGACCAGUUCUUAUUUGGCGAUGAGUUGGGUCAGGAUUGGAACGUGGGUCUUCCAGACUUGUCGUUCGAAGAGGCUUGGUGGCAGCAGGGCAGUAUAUAG